AUAUGCGGGUUGCUCCUGCGGACUUCGCUGAGGAGUGUAGCGGUGCCUGCGGGGCGGAGUCAACGCGUCCAACUCCACAACAUCCAGCAGAAUAAUCUCCAGCUCAGGAGUCAGGACCCGAUGAGUGCGGAGGAGCAGGAAUGCAUGGCGUUGUAUGGCGUUAUUGUCUUUAGGCAUGUGAGAGGAUCUUUGACCAUACGGGUUUACUGCGCUUUAUGUCACGCUGAGCAAUGAAGGAUUCCGACAGCAAGUAACUUGAGCUGCACGCGCAUUAUGAACUCCGCUCCUUAUGUAGGCUAUAGUAGAUGUGGACAAACACGCUUCUAAACGAGUACUAAUAUACUGGACACGUGUAGGUCUUCCUUUGUUAGCCAGUGUUUUACCGCAGUGUCUGUCCCAAGGAGCCUUCAUGAACGACCCCCUUCAGUGACCUCCAUUGACUUUGCUGGAAAUGCUGUGCAGAGUAAUGGAUUUGUUCUUCUAUCUGCAUCCAUCCUCUUAUUGCCAGCAUGCCUGGAUGCAGAUGAAUCCACGCAUUGCUUUCACAGCUGGACUGAUAAAGCAACGUGCCGCAACUUGUGGCUAGAAGUCACAUGUUCACGCUAAAUAAAGAGCUACUGUUUUGAAUGGUUCCUUAUAUCCCAAUGGUGUGCUGUCAAAUCCGGCACGUCGAAAAACAAUCCAGUGCAGUUUAUUUUGCUCUUUUUGUAGGGCACUGUGAAGUUGGCCUUCUCUGUCAGGGACUUCUGGGCACUAAUUUUGCCUAAAACAGAUGCCUCAACCUCAAGUUGCUUCAGUAAUUAACUCUGGUUGUUUGCUGGAGAGGGCCAGGCUCUGACCUCAUGGCAUGGGUCAAACUGUUUAAAAAGCCUGGGGGUAACAUGGCUGGAACCGGUGCCUGGAGUGGGUCAGGACUGGGCAAGUCCUACCAGCCGGGAAGUAUGAUCUCUCUCGCUUUGACCAAAGGUCUUCUUAACGAGCCAGGCCAGAACAGCUGCUUCCUUAACAGUGCUGUGCAGGUUCUUUGGCAGCUUGACAUCUUCAGGAGGAGCCUGCGACAGCUCUCUGGCCAUUUCUGCUUGGGCGAAGCCUGUAUUUUCUGCGCUUUAAAGAGCAUCUUCUGUCAGUUCCAGCAGAGUGGAGAGCGGGCUCUGCCGUCAGAUACCCUGCGUCACGCUCUGGCCGAGACCUUUAAAGAUGAGCAGCGCUUCCAGCUGGGUCUCAUGGAUGAUGCAGCCGAGUGUUUUGAGAACAUUUUAGAACGGAUACACCUGCACCUCGUUUCUGAUUCAUCCACAGAAAUGUGUACUUCCAAAUCGUGCAUCACCCACCGGAAGUUUGCCAUGACGCUCUAUGAGCAGUUUGUUUGUCGUAGCUGUGGAGCAUCAUCAGACCAUCUUCCCUUCACUGAGCUCGUGCACUAUGUGUCCUCCACAGCACUAUGUCAACAAGUGGAGCGAAUCUUGGAGAAGACCGACAGACUGCGUUCAGACAUAUUUGGUGAACUGCUGCAGGCGGCCAACACCAUCGGAGAUCUCCGCAACUGCCCUAGUAACUGUGGGCAGAGUAUAAAAAUCCGCCGUGUGCUGAUGAACUGCCCAGAGAUCAUCACCAUUGGCUUCGUGUGGGAUGCUGAACAGUCUGACCUCACUGAAGAUGUCAUCCGCUCUCUGGGUCCAAACCUUAAUCUCUCGGGGCUGUUCUAUAGAGUCACUGAUGAAAAUGCCAAGAAGAGAGAUCUCCACCUGGUGGGAAUGAUCUGUUACUCUAGUCGACAUUACCUAGCAUUCGCUUUUCACAGCAAGUCUUCCAAAUGGAUCUUUUUUGAUGAUGCAACCGUGAAAGAGAUUGGCUCCAAGUGGAAAGAUGUGGCAUCUAAAUGUAUCCGGGGUCACUUCCAGCCGCUCCUCUUGUUCUAUGCCAAUCCGGAUGGCACCGCAGUGUCCAAUGAAGACGCCCCCAGACAGACCACCAUGUGGUCCCGUUAUAACACCCCCCUCAAUGGGAAAGGGACAGAUGCUCAUCUGUCAGGCUCUAAGAAACUGGACAGUAUCAGAGAUGUGAGUGCUGGUUCCCAUCGAACAAAUCUGGCAUCCCACAAAUCAAUGCAGUCUUCAACCAAUCGGUUUAAGGUGCUUCCAGAAAGUCCCAGCAGGCUCCGAGAGUCUUCCAGAGAUUUUUCUCACCGAGGAGUAGGACAGAGGAGAGAGAGUGAAAGAAGCUACCGAAGAGCAGACUCUCUCCAACACAAAGAUAUGCCAUAUCCUCGAUCAUCUUCUCCCCCUGAGAAUGGCCCGAGGUUUCAUUCGGACCAGAGACACAGAACUCUCCCCUCACGAGUCUCUCGAGCCGAGCCUUCUUCAGCCCAUCCUCGCGCUUCACCGCAGGAGUCCCGCUCUAACCAGGCAGCGGCCACUGGCGCCAGUCCUCACGUUGAAUCUUCAUCUGAGCGUGGCAAGGCCAAGCCGUCAUGGAGACCAGUGCGAGAGGUCCUGAAUGUAGACAGCGUGCUGAGCGAACUGGAACACCGUCAGCAGCAGCAGCCUGGGAGCCCUCGACGUGUCCAUCGCUUUGGCCAUGAGAGAGGACUGAUGAAGGAAAAACAAAAAGGUCUGAUGACUAUUUAUGAAGAUGACUUGCGUUUGGAGACUGAAAGUCAAAGCUCCCAGGAGUCUCAGCGACAGACGAUGGUGACGAAGCCUAAAGGUGGAGCGCAUGUAGCACAGCGGAGCGAUAACUGGACGAUCCAGAGGACAGAAUCAGGAUACGAGAGCAGCGAUAGGUUGAGCAAUGGUUCCACCAAUCCUGACUCUCCAGGUGUGGAGAACUUCACGGGCAAAGAGCUCAGACUCCGUCAAGAUGCACAGCACCUCAGGGAUCAAGGCCAUAAUAAUCAAGGUGAUGCCAAAACGGAGGCAGUGCGUUCUCCACUGUACCACAGUAAGCAUUUGGUUAAAAUUCAGGGAAAGAACAAAGAACAUCUCAUGAAGGGCAGCCCAAGUUCAAGAAGGAAGCUGAGAUACUCCUCCUGUGGUGCGAGGAAAGGGAGCAACGCAGAGAAAGACCCAUCAGCCGGCGAACUUCAAGCAGAGCAGCAAGAAGUUUCCAUGCGAUGGCACCACAGCCCAGAAAGCCCUCUCCUGCGCCGCCUGGACAAGAUCAACAGUUCAGAGUGUAACAGUUCUGAUGAACUCACGAACCCUCUUUCAGAGCAGGAGGACAGUGCGUAUCGUUCCAGCAUCAGUGAAGUCGCUCCGCACAAGUCUCCAGCUCCUCCGCAGCCAAGAGAGGAGCCAGCCACAGCUCCAUCCAUGCAAACUCACUCCAAACAUGCUCAGCGACCCAUCGAGAUAAAGACGCCACCCUUCCGUCAUGCCACCAGGCGAAUGGAAAUCAACGGCACGUGCCCGAGCUCAUCAGACGCGAGCUCAAAAUCGGGUUCGGACCAGGAGAGAGGGGAGCAGGUGUCUUGUGGUUGGGAUAAGCCGUCGGCUUCAGCAUCUGGAGUAGCACUGACGACUUAUUUCUCGGUGGAUAAUUGUAUGACAGACACCUACAGACUAAAGUAUCACCACCAGAGGCCGCUAGUCCUCUCCAUGCCUGAGCCCAGAGGAGCUGUGAAGGACGGGAGAGACACGGGACAAUCUGAGCGUGCCAAAAAUAAGCCCGACUCUGGCAAUAGCAACAGUAAGCCCACUGCUAAAUGGCACCCUUUCACUUCAAAAGGGCUGGAUGAACAUGGAUAUUUGUGAAAGUUAUGGUCCUGGUGACCCACUGAGCCGUAAUGCAAGAGAAUUGCCAAAGAAGUUGAACAAAUAUGGAUCAUAUUUGUGACACUCAAGUAUCUUCUAAGAGCCAUCCACAGGGGGGCAGUAUGCACUUUGACUUGAAUUAGUAAUUGCUUGUGAACAGGAAUGACCACUUUAUGCUGAAUAUCGAAUCCGUUGAUUAUCUUUUACUGAAUUGUGACAGCUAAUACAGUAUAUAUACAUCUAAAAGAAACAGUUUUCCUAGUCUUAAAGACAAAGAGUGUGUCCUUGACUUUAAUUUCAAUGCAAAUGGUCCUUUGUACAUGCUCCCUAGAGGUUGUGUGUGGAGUGCCUUCAUGCAAUUUUUUUUCAUGCAAAAUAUUGACAUGAUUCAGAGUAAAUGAAUAAUGUAAAAUGAUAUCCGCUAUAUAUUUUUGGAGAUGUCUAUGCAGUUAUUUUUAUUCUUUGUUUAAUAAACCUCAAAUGUUCAA